AUGCUUUCUCUAAGCCCCAAAACAUGGGAAAAACUCAAAGAUUGGAUACUACAAGAAAUAAUCGAAAAAGACCCCGAUAUCGCUGCUGAACUGGCUGAUUUCGUCCUUGAAAUUAUAAGAGAUCUGCCAAACGUCAGUGGUAAGGCAAGUGGCUCUGGUGACCCCGAAGAAUUAGCUCAGUUGCAGCUCAAAGGAAUUGUUAAAAAUCCACAAGAAAUGCUAACACAACUGCCGUCUAAAAUUCACACGGUUGAAUCAACGGAAAAAAUUCCUGGUCCCACAUCGUCUGUUAAAGUGGUCAAUAUUCCAGUCCGAAAUUUAUCCAGAGAUCAGAUCAGAGGACAGUUCAAACCUUUCGGCUCCAUCAAAUACUGUAAAAUCUCUAUACAGAAGCGUCAAGCUGUUGUACAAUAUCACAACGAGUCAUGUGCGAUCCGGUGCACCAAGGCUACCUCCGUCAUAUUCAACAACAGGUUUGUCAAAGUCGAGUUAUUUCACGGAAAUAUUGAAGACUUCGAAGGUGUUACAAUCAUACCACCGGUCUGUCAUCAGAAAACUGAACAAUCUAAUACCAUAUCAAAACAAGCGUCGUCUUCCUCAGAGCAGAGCACCGUGAACAAGCGAAUAGAGCGGGUUCAAAAUGUUCAGCAGAUUCUAUUUGAGAAUAACCAAAAGUCUAAUGAGACGUACAAGACCGAUUUCAAUGAGCUUUUGCUUUCCAAAGAAAAGCUUCUCCGUGCUCAUCAAUCGCUCCUUCAAGAACUACAAAGAAAGACUACAGAGUUAUCCACAGACGAUAAAAAACCAAGCAUUGGCCCACUUUUACUGGAGUUUAAACGGAUCCAAAAAAGCAUGGAUGAACUAAACAUCACACCCACCGAGAUGACAGACAUCAAAGUACGAAAAAUGAAUAUGGAUCAUCCCAACGAGUUCGAGGUCAAAGACGCUCGCACAGCAGCGGCGAAAAAGAAGCGAGCUAAGAAGUUAGCUUCGAUACGUAAAAAGAUUCGGAGGAAAAGAUGA